UAUAAAUUAUGUCUAUCAUAGUAUAGAACAUUUGAAUUAUCGAAAUUUACAAAAAAGUUUGAUUUCUAUACAAAUUUUUUCUUAUCUAAUAUCGAUAAUUCAAUUGUUAUAAAUCACUAGUCACCAGAAAAUAGUUUUAAAUUCUUAUAGUUGGUGAAAUCAUUAAUUAUAUAUUUAACACAAUAACAAAAAAACAUUAAAGAAGGAAAUUAAAUUAACAAGCAUUUAAUAUGUCAUAUAAAUUAAAAAUUAUAAUUUUGCAGUAUAAAAAGAUUUUAAUUUUGCAAUAUUGUCAAAUUAUAAUCUGAAAUAUCAAUUAAAUUUUAUUAUAAAUUGUAACCUCUUUUGCAAUUUAUAAAUUUUUAACUUAAAAGCAAAACAUUACACAUUGAUAUUACUUUAUUAAAUACGGUAAAGUUUAAUGAUAGAAUAAUGCUUAUAAAAAGAUUUUAUAGUAAUUAUAGCGAUGUAACAAUUUUAUAUCUUGAACCGUUACCAUAAUUCUUAUAUUUUUAUAAAUUCAAAUUUUAACUUGAAAUAUAAUAAUAAGAUGUUCGUAUAUUAAAUGAACUGUAACAAAAUAAUAUAAAAAAAGUAAUAACCAUUCCAAAGAAUAAAAGCUAUGGAUAAAAAAACAUAUAAAAAAUAUAAACGAAGGAUCGCACAAGCUGUAGCUAAAGUCGAUAAUAAGCCUCCAAGAUUUGAAGUGUCCGCAUAUUACAAACCGCAUAAUAUGAGAAGUGAUAUAAAUCGAAUAAGAGAAAUCGACAAGCAAAAUAUAAAAUUGUUAAGGCGGAUGAAUAUAAUUACUCGAUUAAGGUCAAAUAUCGAUUGCUGGUUACCAAAGAUAAAAUAUAAAUCAAAACUUGAUAAUCAGGAAGUAAAAAAUACACAAGUCAUGAAAGAAAAUAAAAAUUUAUUACGAAAAAUUCGUAGAGCAAGUACUAAUUAUUCUACUGCCGAGUUUAUACAAGAUUGGAAAGAAAUGAACAUGAAAAUGGAACACAAUAGAAGAUAUCAGAAAGAACCUACAACACAUACCAUUGGAUUGCAAUCUCCACAAGAUCAUUGUAUAAUUACAGAUUUAUCAUUGCUAAAACAUAUAAAUCCAUCUAUUCGUACCAAAUGUUUUUUUGAAAUUGAAAUCCAAGGAGAUCAGAAAUUAGGAUCCAUUCAUUUUGAACUUUAUGAUGAUAUUGUACCUCGAACAUGUACAAAUUUUGCGGAAUUAUGUCGUGGAUAUAAUGGCUUAUCGUACAAGAACACACCGUUUCAUCGAAUUGUAUCCGGUUAUUGGUGUCAAGGCGGAGACGUUACAAAACUUAACGGAUGUGGAGGAAAGUCCAUAUAUGGUGAAUCAUUUGAGCAUGAGAAUUACAACUUACGUCAUGCUGGUCCCGGAAUUUUGUCCAUGUGUAAUGAAACUGAAAAUACAUGCAAUUCCAAAUUUAAUCUUACUUUUAGACAAUUGGAAACAGUAGAUGGGAAAAAUGUAGUUUUUGGGAAAGUGAUUGCAGGUCUCUCAAACAUUUAUAAGAUUGAAGAAUUUGGUACAAAAACAGGAAAACCAUUUAAAACAAUAAUUAUAUCCAACUGUGGUAUUAUAUCAAGAUAUAUAAAAAAUAGAUAAAAAUCAAGCAAAGCAUAAAAAUUUCAUUUAAUUGAUGAAAGGCUGAAGUCUUUGAUAGUAUAACAUCAAUGUUAAUAGUUUAAUUACUUUAUCGUAUAUAGAAAAACAUAAUUAUAUCAAUUACUUAAUUAAUUUUUCUCUCAAAUGUUCUUUCUUUAUAUCUGUACAUUGUAUAAAAACAUAAAACAUUUAAAAAGAUAUUUAAUUUGUGUACAAUAUUUAAUAAUAAAUCGUACUUUAAUAUAUUAAAUUAUAUUUCUUGUAACGUGAUUGUUAUUUUUAUUUAACGUCUUCGAUACGGCGUUUG